GRAGGUUUAAGCCUGCGAAUGACAAKAAACCUAGCAAAMAUUUACUUGCCAUCAACAUUAAAGAGACAGCAAAGAAAAUCAAGCCAAUUUUUUUGUUCCUUUGGUGCAUCGUUUUUGCUGCUUUUUUUGUAAGAAGUCAAGAAAACCAGCAUGCCGAAAAACUGGUUUGUGUUUCUUCCGACUUAGAGCAAGAGUUUGUCAUCCCUGCUGAAUCAAAAAUUGUACGAAUUACUAUUAAAGGACCCUUUUUAGAUGAAGAUUAUGAUAAUUCAUCAAAUUUUUUAUGGAUUGGACUCACAAACAAGAGCAACAAAUUGGCUGUCAACRUUCACUCUUCACAUGGUGAAAGUGAUUACAAUGAAAGCCUUAUUUCUAAAACUAUGAGUUUUGUACCCCAAACAAAAAAUGCAUCAUCUGAUAUGUCCAUCAAAUUGAAGCUUUUUUCUGGGGAAGAAAACUACUCCUUGGCUCUAGCAGUUACUUAUUCAUCAGAGACUGUAUCAGAAAAUACACAGGUUGUAUUAGCAUUCAUCAUCCUGGUUUCCGUGUACAUUUUGAUCAUAUUUGAGCUUGUACACAGAGCUACUGCAGCAAUGUUUGGAGCACUGGCAGCACUGUCUGUACUAUCUUACCUAGAUAGGAGACCGACACUUGAGACUGUAAUAAUGUGGAUUGAAUGGGAAACUUUAAGCUUGUUGUUUGGAAUGAUGAUUCUUGUUGCAAUAUUUGCUCAGACUGGCUUUUUUGAUUACAUAGCUCUAAAGGCUUACAAGAUAUCUAAAGGGCAUGUAUGGGGUCUUGUGACUUUGCUGUGUAUAAUCACUGGUGUUGUGUCAGCAUUUUUGGAUAAUGUCACAACCAUUCUUCUUCUUACUCCAGUCACAAUUAGAUUAUGUCAAGUGUUGAAUUUAGAUCCAACAAACGUCCUUAUUGCUGAAGUGAUUUUCUCAAACAUUGGAGGAACAGCUACAGCCAUAGGAGAUCCACCAAACGUUCUUAUUGCGGCACAUAAAGACAUAAUUUCAUUGGGUAUCAAGUUCUCAGACUUCUUCAAACAUCUAUUACCUGGUAUUGUGUUUUGCUUUCUCAUUGGAUAUGCAGGUCUAAGACUAUUGUACUUACGUAUCAGACUUGAAAACCCCGACUCUCCAGAAAUUUCUGAAAUGAAAAGAGAAGUGGAGAUUUGGCGCCGAACUGCUGAUCGUAUUAAUCACUUCUCAGCCGAAGAAAAAACUGUGAAAUUGYUACUGUUACAAAAGAUACUUCGUCUUGAAACUAACAUUCGAAACAUGGAACGGUGUCAAACUCGAGAACAGGCCUUCAAGCAAAAUCUUAAAGAAUUGGAAAAUAAGUAUAAAAUCACAGAUUUUCCGCUGCUUGUCAAGAGUGGGUUCGUUAUAAUAGUCGUUGUGGCGUUAUUCUUUAUUCAGUCGCUCACUKAUAAGCUACAAUUUGCAAUUGGUUGGAUAGCUUUGAUUGGAGCAAUAGGUCUAAUUCUACUAGCGCAAAUCGAGAACAUGGAAGAACUCAUGGACAAAGUAGAAUGGACGACYUUAGUUUUCUUCGCUGGUCUUUUCGUUCUUAUGGAGGGUYUGAAAGAGCUUGGUUUGUUUGAUUUCUUAAGUAGAGCUACUUGUCAUGCGAUAGAGGACGUACCUGAAAGCAGCAGACUGGCAGUUGCUAUCAUUGCAAUCAUCUGGAUUUCUGCCAUAGUCUCAUCAUUCGUUGAUAACAUUCCUUUUACUACGGCAAUGAUACCCAUUACCAUAAAACUGAGCUCAAGUGGCCUUCCUCUGUCACCCUUGGUAUGGGCGUUGUCUAUGGGUGCGUGCCUUGGUGGCAAUGGGACUUUGAUUGGUGCGUCUGCUAAUGUCGUUUGUGCUGGUUUAUCUGAGCAAUAUGGCUAUCCAAUAUCGUUCAUGAGGUUCACAAAAAUCGGAUUUCCCAUGAUGCUUCUCACAGUCACCGUUGCCAUGGGAUAUCUUCUCGUAUGUCACGUGGCAUUUAAGUGGGACAAUGUUUGAAUUCAGAAAAAAAAAUACAAUUUGAAAUAGAUGAAAUUAAUUGUAUCAUAGAAGUUGUAAAUUGUAAAUACCACUGCUUACGUACGUAGAAAAGCUGAGAUAACAAAAAUCUAUUUUUAUAAAUGAAUUCACACGAAAAUUAAAUAAAUACAUGCAUAUCAAAUGAUC